UCUCACGAAUAGUACUACGUUGACCACGGAGGCGCGUACUACGCCUUCUCUCAGUCGGUCUAACCAGUCGUUGAUCUUUGAGUGCGAGAUUUCCGCUGCGAACAUUGGAUUAUCUGUAUACAAGUCCACGGCAGUGUUGACAGUGGAUAGUAUGUUUAAAGUGUUUACUUCAGUGAAUAAUUAUUUCAACGCAGGCCCAGUAAUGGGCAUCCCACAAGAAAAGGUCAAACAAGUGCCCAUGCCAGUCCGGGAACACCACCACCAUCACCACCACCACCAUCACCACCACCAUCACCACAACAACCACAAUCACCACACACAGCAGCCCUUCGAUCGCCAGUACAGAGUUGAACAUGAGGUUUUGGGCGAAGGUGGUUUCGGACGUGUGUAUGCUGGUUUCAGAAUCAAAGACAACCUGCCUGUGGCCAUCAAGCAGGUGGCGAAGUCCCGAGUUCCAGCCUGGGGAACGAUCAAAGGUGAGCGAGUCCCCCUCGAGAUUUGUCUGCUAAGGAAAGUAUCACAUAUCCCAGGAGUGAUCAAGCUCAUUGCCUGGUUCGAGCUGGCAGAUUGCUUCGUCAUCGUUAUGGAGCGACCUGAGGCCGUGAAAGAUCUCUUCGACUACAUCUCCGAUAGGAAGCAGGUGCCCGAACCAGAAGCACGGUACCUCUUCCGCCAAGUGGUUGAUGUGGUGAAGCAGUGUCAUGCCGCCGGGGUCAUCCACAGAGACAUCAAAGAUGAAAACCUUCUCAUUAGCACAGACAGACAAGGCAGAAAGGUUCUCAAGCUUAUUGACUUCGGCUCCGGAGCAUUCCUUAAGGACAGCAUCUACACAGACUUUGACGGAGGUACCAAAGUGUAUGCACCUCCCGAGUGGAUCCAGCACAAUCAAUACCAAGCCGGACCUGCCACCGUCUGGUCUCUGGGCAUCCUGCUGUACGACAUGGUCACCGGCGACAUUCCCUUCGCUCAGGACGACCAGAUCCUGUCCGCGAGAUUAAACUUUCGCAUCCCCGUCUCCGAAGAGUGCCAGAACCUUAUCCGCCUCUGUUUACGCAUCCGACCUGAAGACAGACCAUCCUUAGAGCAGAUCCUUCAGCACCCAUGGAUGAAGGGACCCAGGGAUUCUGGAGCGGGCCUCGUAGGGUGCAUGGGUGGUUCCCUAGGACCCAUGGAUUUCUUCUCUGAUUCCUUGCUAGACAGUGAUGCCUCCUCUCUGGAUAAGCACUCAACGGGCAGCGACGCUUCCCGCGAGUCAGAGUCAGAGUUUUGACGGCCGGGAGGAGGGUAGGCGCCCUGAUGAACCCCGUCAGAACCCAGCCUCUUCUUAGAUUCUCUUGUCCCCACCCGGAGGCGCUGGUCGCCAUACCUCGCAGCUCCGCCCCGUCCCGUCUCCAAGGUGUCGGGGCGGCGCCCUCAGGUUCCCCUAGCCUGAUCGGUGCUAACCCCCCAGUAAGGGACCCUUGUGCCUAGUGCACACUUAUCUCACCAAAGCCUCGGCAACAUUCGUCUAUAUGCCCUCGGGCCUGGCCAAUGUUCUUGUCUCAUUUUUUCUCUAAGAGAAGUUGUAAAUAAUGUAAUUUAAAGCUAUAUUUAUAGUAAGUUAUAUUGUACAUAUUGUAUGAAAAUAAUGCUUUUAAUAUUAAUUUAUCUGUCAUGUUCUCAUGUGCAGACAGUGGAUGCCAUCAAUGCAACCCAAUUUUUGUAUUAAACUUGAACGUUUAUACAAGAUUCCUAUUUUUGUAAGAAAUAACAAAAUUCCAAUGAUGCAAAUAAAUUGCUGCAUUUUAAAA